AUGCAAAGGCCAAGGGGGACGAAGGAUUGUCCAGCAACGCUGCAAGACGUGGCAGGCCGUAUCCAUGUCCUAUCACCGCCAUUGAAUCGUGUACCUAGCCAUCUAGGCCAAUUGUGGCAGCAAACGUGUUUGCACCAUGUCAAUACACGCGUAUGUCGACAUAUCAACAAGGGGGCAGAGCGCGGGGAAAGGUGCCGAGCGAGCAGACUAUCCUACUCGACAUGCCCCGUCCAAACUGACUUUGGCAUCAUGACGGCGACAUGUCAUGCACCCCGGCGACGCCGUCAUGGUGGCACGAUGAUUGGAAAGUCUAUACCCACUGCAUCGCCAGCUGGAUGUAAGUAUGCUAGCUCUUACCUAGUCUAUAUACGUGGUCUCUUGACCCAGAACAAGUCCGACCAGCAAAGACCGACGCUAUUACCCCACAUUUUGGCGAUCCUGGUUCCCCGCCUUCUUACCACGUUCGAACACUCGCCGCACACGUUGAACUCGUCGCCGCACCAGCCUUCUGACUCGCAUAGCCUCCCCAAGCUUUCCAUGCCAUUGCUCUUGUCCUCGUGUACCGCCAUUCCAUGCAUUGACGCCCUGAGAUAUGCAUGUCACCCCGGGAAUGGCCGUCUUGGAUGCUGCCCAAGUUCCGUCUUUCCAGCAAGCAUAUCAAAAAGUCACCGCUCCCCACCCGACAACAGCCCGUCUCACGCCGGGAAUAGCGAUAAAGAGGGGUGA